CCUCCAUCACCACCACCCAAAACCCUUCGCCAUUCUUCCAAAACCUUGAAGAUAUCAAAUGUUGAGAUCACUCCUCCGGACGGCAGUUUCAGCAACCAAAUCUCAAUCACACCUCCCAACCAUUCUCAUCCCCGCCACCACUGCCGCAGCCUCUUCCACAGCCGCCCAGCAAUUAUGUUCAAGAAACUAUUCUUCGAAGACCUCAAAAUCGUCUGUAACAAAGGCGAAGAAAACCAAAUCCAAGACCGAUGCCAAAUCCAAGACCGAAGAAACCUCAGCAGCCGUCGACGAGUCCGCCGCCGACCUCCUGGACGAGGACGUUCGCGCUCGCCGCCUUGCAGAGGACGAGAACAAUAAGUCCCUCGACGUUGGCCCUAACGGCCGUCCGCUCUUCACCUCCACCGCUUCUCUCUCUCACCUCACCAGAAAAGACACCUGCACUUACAUGAAAUUCAGUAUGGAGGAAUUGAAUGCGGUGUUGCCGGAGGGAUUGCCGUUGGGAAUGUUGAAGGAGUUCGAGGAGUCAAAGCGAACAGCAUUGCUUGUUCGGCAGAAUUUUUUGGACUUAAGAGAUAAUUUCAGGCGCAUUGUUGAUCCUCCGUUGCAGUCCUCCGGUAGUAAAGGUCUCAAAGUACGAAAGCAAAUUGUAUUGGAUGGCCCUGUAAGCUGUGGCAAAAGUAUUGCACUUGCUAUGCUAGUGCAUUGGGCCCGUGAUGAAGGUUGGCUGGUUUUUUAUGUCCCCAAAGGUCGAGAAUGGACCCAUGGAGGAUUUUUCUAUAAAAACCCCCAAACUGGCUUGUGGGAUACCCCUGUGCAGGCAGCAAAUGUUCUCCAGGAUUUUUUGAAGCACAAUGAAUCCCGCUUAAAGGAGUUACCGUGCCAAAUAUUUGAUCCUAUUCCUUUGGGAGAGGGUGCUGGUGUUGGGUGGUUGAAGGAUGUUGAUUCAAUGGCAAUGCCUGAAGGGUCAACACUCCAUGAAUUGGUUCAGGCAGGACUCACUUCUACACAUGCUUCUGUUGGAGUGUUGGUUCGUUUGAGGAAAGAGUUGUCCCUUAUAAAAGAUAUACCUGUCCUUAUUGCCAUCGAUCAAGUGAGGCGAAGAACUUUUGUCUACUCUAAUUAUAUGUUUCAGGCUAUUCUUUUGAGUGAUUAUGUUCUGGGGUACUAAAUUAUGAAUUUUACAUUUAUAUGGUGACAUCGGUUGUAGUUAAUAUUUUUUGUUGCUGCGCUCCACAGUAUAAUAAUUGGUUUACCUUCAGUGAGUAUGAGGAGCCAGUAACUGUUCGUUCUUGCCGGCCAAUUCAUGCUAGAGAACUUGCAACGGUUAAUGCGUUUAGGUCUAUGAUGCAUAAUGACAUGAUGGUCGGUGCUUUCUCUCAUUCAACUGCAGUAGGGAAGUUGCGAAAAGACUUACCAGAUGUUCCCACUGAUGCUCGCAUUGACUUUCCGCGUUACAGUUUAGAUGAAGCAGCCACCGUUUGCCACUAUUACCUCAGGCAAAGACUAGUACGCCGAGAAGCAUUUUCAGAGGAAAGCUGGAAGAAGGUUUACUAUCUGUCCAAUGGAAAUGGAGCAGAGAUGAGGUGGUUAGUCCCUUUCAUGCGGUGAUAGACAUUACUUCUCAAGAUGGGGUGAUUAUUCCUGUCACGCCAUUGAUUUCUGAUCUGUUCCCCUGAAAUAAAUGGGUGGUGCUGUUUCUAGAUUCUUAAUGACCCAAACAGUCAGUCGGGCCAGCGACCAGAAUCCCUUUGCUUGGUUGACCUAUUUUUGCUUGGGGAGCAUUCCCAUUCCCUAUUUGUUUAUGGGAUUAUUGUCCAAGACACAGUGUACCAUAUGUAGAUCGUUUUUUACAUUCACAAUGAAGAUUAGUUAUUUAUGACUU